AUGGUUAAUACAAAGAUUACUCCCAGGAAGGAAGGUCAUCGAUGUCCGAUGUGUAAUCUAAGAAUUCUAAAUGAGUUUGAGUGGGAGAGACAUGUUGUGGAAUGCGGUAGACAGCGGAGACAGAAGAAAUUCGAAUACACCGAUUGUGAUUAUGCCACUAACAAGAAAAGUGACAUGGGGAGACAUCGCCGCACUCGACACAGUGACGUAGUUUCAGCUGCAGCUGAUAGCGGCACAGAUGACUGGGAACAGUUGGACCCAGGAAAUCUGUCUGAUGUGGUCGGGAGCACAUCACAGAACCGUCCUGCUGACGAAGUCUGCCAGAGGAAGCCGACAAGACCAGCUCCAGUCUCUGCGCCGAUAGCCAAGUCUAUAGCGAGCCAGGAUCCCUUGACGCCACGUGCUCCAUCACCAUUCCGACAUCCGAUGACUACUCCCAGAAAACGCGCUUCUAUUCAUUUGGAUGCACCUCCUGUACCAUUGCCAUGUCUAACUCGGGAAGCCAGUACGCAGACAGAUCAUCAGUUAGUUGAUGCUAGUACCCUAAAGAAUAAAGAUUGUGGAGAGAAAGGUAUACAAACAGAGGGAGAUAAACGGCGUCGACUAGACAGGGUACAGGAGACAUACCAAAAAGACGGGAAAACAGUCGUUGAAGUACAUGAGGAGGAAAGCUAG